AAUAUAGUAAACUUUGAAAAUACAGUAAACUAUGAAUAUAUAGUAACCUAUGAAAAUAUAGUAAACUAUGAAAAUAUAGUAAACUAUGAAUAUAUAGUAAACUUUGAAAAUACAGUAAACUAUGAAAAUAUAGUAAACUUUGAAAACUAUGAAUAUAUAGUAAACUAUGAAAAUAUAGUAAACUAUGAAAAUAUAGUAAACUAUGAAUAUAUAGUAAACUGUGAAAAUAUAGUAAACUAUGAAUAUAUAGUAAACUUUGAAUAUAUAGUAAACUAUGAAUACAUAAUAAACUAUGAAAAUAUAGUAAACUAUGAAUAUAUAGUAAACUAUGAAUAUAUAGUAAACUAUGAAUAUAAUAGUAAACUAUGA